AUGGAACUGUGUUUGUGUGUCCCAGAAAACAACUUCCCUCCACUGCCUCGGUUCAUUCCUCUUAAGCCAUGUUUCUACCAGGACUUCAAUGAGAUCCCAGAUCAACGUCGUACCAUGUGCAAGAGACUGUAUUACCUAUGGAUCUUGAACAGUGCUACGCUGGCUGUUAAUCUCAUUGGCUGUCUGGCGUGGAUGUGUGGUGGAGGUGGAGCUACCAAUUUUGGUAUGGCCAUUCUGUGGCUCAUCCUCUUCACUCCCUGCUCUUAUGUGUGCUGGUUCAGGCCCAUCUACAAGGCCUUUAAGACUGACAGCUCUUUCAACUUUAUGGCUUUUUUCUUCGUCUUCAUGGCCCAGGUUGUGAUUAGUAUAAUCCAGACAGUUGGCAUUCCAGGUUGGGGAGUGUGUGGUUGGCUGGCUACUAUCACCUUCUUCAGCACGAACAUUGGCUCCGCUGUGGUCAUGUUAAUUCCCACUAUUAUGUUUACUGCCGUGGCUGUGCUGUCCUUCGUCGCCCUCACAAAGGUUCACAAUUUUUACCGUGGCAGUGGGGGUAGCCUGGGCAAGGCCCAAGAAGAGUGGACCACUGGGGCCUGGAAGAACCCCCAUGUCCAGGAAGCAGCUCAGCAGGCAGCCAUGGGAGCAGCCCAGGGAGCCAUGCAGCAGAACCAAUACUCAGCAGCUCCCACCUACAACUAUGACGACCCAAUGUAGGCCAUAGGAUACGGUGCGACAGGGACGUGGGAGAGACUAAAAGGGAUCAAUUAAGAACAGUAUUCAGAAUUAGGUGCCCUUUGGCAUAACAGUGUAUAAGCUGAAUUCUAAAAUUCAAAAGUCGAGCUAUGU